AUGUCGUAUAACGAUAAUAACCAAAAUAAUUAUUAUGAUCCCAACCAACCGGUUGGGCAUGAUGGUUAUUAUCAACAACAACCGUACGAUAAUGUGAACCAACAAGAAUAUUAUGAUCCAAACGCCCAAUAUCAGCAACCUUAUGAUAUGGACGGUUACCAAGAUCUGAACUACCAACAACAGCCAAACUACCAACAGGACCCCGAAGCCUUUAGUGACUUUUCCUACGGUGGCCAAACUCCUGGUACUCCCGGCUAUGAUCAAUAUGGUACCCAAUACACUCCAUCGCAAAUGAGCUAUGGAGGAGGUCCAAGAUCAAGUGGAGCUUCCACUCCUAUUUAUGGCGGUAACGGCUAUGAUCCCACCCAGUUUCAAAUGUCGUCUAACUUGCCAUACCCAGCUUGGAGUGCUGAUCCUCAAGCUCCUAUUAAGAUUGAACAUAUUGAAGAUAUCUUUAUUGAUUUGACAAACAAGUUUGGUUUCCAAAGAGACUCUAUGAGAAAUAUGUUUGACUACUUUAUGACCUUAUUGGACUCCAGAUCGUCGAGAAUGUCUCCUGCCCAAGCCUUGUUGAGUUUGCAUGCCGACUAUAUUGGUGGUGAUAAUGCCAACUACAAGAAAUGGUAUUUUGCUUGUCAACAAGAUUUGGACGAUUCCAUUGGAUUUUCCAACAUGGCCAUGGGAAAGGUUGGUAGAAAGGCUAGAAAGGCUUCUAAGAAAUCCAAGAAGGCCAGAAAGGCUGUCGAAGACCACGGUCAAGACAUCGAUGCUAUGGCCAAUGAGUUGGAAGGUGACUACUCUUUGGAAGCUGCUGAAAUCAGAUGGAAGGCCAAGAUGAACAACUUGACUCCUCAAGAAAGAGUUAGAGACGUGGCCUUGUACUUGUUGUUAUGGGGUGAAGCUAAUCAAGUUCGUUUUACUCCUGAAUGCUUGUGUUACAUUUAUAAAACUGCUUUUGAUUACUUACAAUCUCCUCAAUGUCAACAAAGACAAGAAGCUGUUCCUGAAGGUGACUACUUGAACAGAGUUGUCACCCCAAUCUACAGAUUCAUAAGAUCUCAGGUGUAUGAAAUCUAUGAUGGUAGAUUUAUCAAGAGAGAAAAAGAUCACAACAAGGUGAUUGGUUACGAUGAUGUUAACCAGUUGUUCUGGUAUCCAGAAGGUAUUUCCAGAAUCAUCUUUGAAGACGGCUCGAGAUUGGUAGAUGUUCCACAAGAAGAAAGAUACUUGAGGUUAGGUGAAGUUGAAUGGAAAAACGUGUUCUUCAAGACCUAUAAGGAAAUCAGAACCUGGUUACAUUUUGUCACCAAUUUCAACAGAAUCUGGAUUAUUCACGUGUGUGUCUACUGGAUUUACAUGUCUUUUUACUCUCCUUCCCUUUACACUUUGCACUACUUCCAAACCUUGAACAACCAACCAGUGACAUCUUCUAGAUGGGCUGCUGCUGCCAUUGCCGGUAUUAUUGCCAGUGCCAUUCAGAUUUUGGCAACCUUGUUUGAAUGGAUGUUUGUUCCAAGAGAAUGGUCUGGUGCUCAGCACUUGACUCGUCGGUUGGUGUUUUUGAUUUUGAUCUUUAUUGCAAAUUUGGCUCCAGUGGUGUUUACCUUCUACUGGGCUGGUUUGGCUGCUAAGUCGAAGGCUGCUUUGGUGGUGUCGGUUGUUGGUUUCUUCAUUGCUGUUGUUUCCAUCGUGUUCUUUGCUAUCAUGCCCUUGGGUGGUUUGUUCACCUCUUACAUGAACAGAAGAUCCAGAAAGUAUUUGUCUUCCCAGACUUUCACUGCCAGUUUCUCCAAGUUGAGAGGGUUGGAUAUGUGGUUAUCUUACUUUUUGUGGUUCUUGGUGUUUUUGGCCAAGUACCUUGAAUCUUAUUUCUUCUUGAUUAAAUCUUUGAUUGAUCCUGUAAGAAUUUUGUCCACCACCACCAUGAGAUGUCAUGGUGAUAUAUGGUUCACCAACACUUUGUGUAAGCACCAAACCAAAAUUGUUUUAGGUUUGAUGCUUUUGACUGAUCUUUUGUUGUUCUUCUUGGAUACCUACAUGUGGUACAUUAUUUGUAACUGUGUAUUCUCCAUUGGUAGAUCUUUCUACUUGGGUAUUUCCAUUUUGACUCCAUGGAGAAAUAUUUUCACCAGAUUGCCAAAGAGAAUCUACUCCAAGAUUUUGGCUACUACUGAAAUGGAAAUCAAGUACAAGCCUAAGGUCUUGAUUUCUCAAAUUUGGAACGCUAUUGUUAUCUCCAUGUACAGAGAACAUUUGUUGGCUAUUGACCACGUGCAGAAGUUGUUGUACCACCAAGUUCCAUCUGAAGUUGAAGGCAAGAGAACUUUGAGAGCUCCAACUUUCUUUGUCAGUCAGGAUGACAACAGUUUUGACACUGAGUUUUUCCCAGUCAACUCUGAAGCCGAAAGAAGAAUUUCUUUCUUUGCUCAAUCUUUGGCUACUCCAAUCUUGGAACCUUUGCCAGUCGACAACAUGCCCACAUUCACUGUGUUUACUCCUCACUAUUCCGAAAAGAUUUUAUUAUCUUUGAGAGAAAUUAUUAGAGAGGAUGAUCAAUACUCGAGAGUCACCUUAUUGGAAUACUUGAAACAAUUACACCCAGUUGAAUGGGACUGUUUCGUUAAGGAUACUAAGAUCUUGGCCGAAGAAACCGCUGCUUAUGAAAAUGGUGAUGAUCCAGAGAAAUUGAGUGAAGAUGGCUUGAAGUCUAAGAUUGAUGAUUUGCCAUUCUACUGUAUUGGUUUCAAAUCUGCUGCUCCUGAAUACACUUUGAGAACCAGAAUUUGGGCUUCGUUGAGAUCCCAAACCUUGUACAGAACCGUGUCUGGUUUCAUGAAUUACGCCAGAGCCAUUAAGUUGUUAUACCGUGUUGAAAACCCCGAAUUAGUUCAAUACUUUGGUGGUGACCCAGAAGGUUUAGAAUUGGCUUUGGAAAGAAUGGCAAGAAGAAAGUUCAGAUUUGUUGUUUCUAUGCAAAGAUUGGCUAAGUUCAAGGAAGACGAAAUGGAAAAUGCCGAAUUCUUAUUGAGAGCUUACCCAGAUUUACAGAUUGCUUACUUGGAUGAAGAACCAGCUUUGAACGAAGAUGAAGAACCAAGAGUAUACUCUGCUUUGAUUGAUGGUCAUUGUGAGAUGUUAGAAAAUGGUAGACGUCGUCCUAAGUUUAGAGUCCAAUUGUCUGGUAACCCAAUCUUGGGUGAUGGUAAGUCUGAUAACCAGAAUCACGCUAUUAUUUUCCACCGUGGUGAAUAUAUCCAGUUGAUUGAUGCUAAUCAAGACAAUUAUUUGGAAGAAUGUUUGAAGAUUAGAUCUGUUUUGGCUGAAUUUGAAGAAUUGAAUGUUGAACAUGUUAACCCUUAUGCUCCAUCUUUGAAGAACAAGGAUAAGACUACUGAAUUCCCUGUUGCGAUUUUGGGUGCUAGAGAAUACAUUUUCUCUGAGAACUCUGGUGUUUUAGGUGAUGUUGCCGCUGGUAAAGAACAGACUUUCGGUACCUUGUUUGCUAGAACCUUGGCUCAAAUCGGUGGUAAAUUACAUUACGGUCACCCUGAUUUCUUGAAUGCUACUUUCAUGUUAACUAGAGGUGGUGUUUCUAAGGCUCAAAAGGGUUUGCACUUGAACGAAGAUAUUUACGCUGGUAUGAACGCUAUGUUGAGAGGUGGUAGAAUCAAGCACUGUGAAUACUACCAAUGUGGUAAGGGUAGAGAUAUGGGUUUCGGUUCGAUUUUGAAUUUCACAACUAAGAUUGGUGCUGGUAUGGGUGAACAGAUGUUGUCUCGUGAAUACUACUACUUGUCGACUCAAUUACCAUUGGACAGAUUCUUAUCUUUCUACUUUGGUCACCCUGGUUUCCAUAUUAACAACUUGUUCAUUCAAUUUUCCUUGCAAUGUUUCUUAUUGGUUUUGGCUAACUUGAACUCUUUGGCUCAUGAAUCGAUCUUCUGCUCUUAUGACAGAUAUAAGCCAAUUACGGAUAUCUUGUACCCAAUUGGAUGUUACAACUUGUCUCCUGUUGUUGACUGGAUUAGACGUUAUACAUUGUCUAUCUUUAUUGUUUUCUUCAUUUCUUUCAUUCCUUUGACUAUUCAAGAAUUGAUUGAAAGAGGUGUUUGGAAGGCAGCUCAAAGAUUCGCUAGACAUAUCAUCUCCUUGUCUCCAAUGUUUGAAGUGUUUGUUGCUCAAAUUUACUCGACUUCGUUGUUUACUGAUUUGACCACCGGUGGUGCCAGAUAUAUCUCGACUGGUAGAGGAUUUGCUACGUCUCGUAUUCCAUUUUCCAUUUUGUACUCAAGAUUUGCUGACUCCUCCAUUUACAUGGGUGCUAGAUCGAUGUUGAUCAUUUUGUUUGGUACUGUUUCCCAUUGGCAACCAGCUUUAUUGUGGUUCUGGGCUUCAUUGUCGGCAUUGAUGUUUUCUCCAUUCAUUUUCAAUCCUCAUCAAUUUGCAUGGGAAGAUUACUUUAUUGACUACCGUGACUUUAUCAGAUGGUUGUCUCGUGGUAACACUAAAUGGCACAGAAACUCUUGGAUUGGUUACAUCCGUCUUUCUAGAUCCAGAAUUACUGGAUUCAAGAGGAAGUUGACUGGAGAUAUCUCUGAAAAGUCUGCUGGUGACGCUUCAAGAGCUCACAGAUCCAACGUGUUCUUUGCUGACUUUAUUCCAUGUGUAUUCUACACCGCUGGUCUUUUCGUUGCAUUCACGUUUAUCAAUGCUCAAACUGGUGUCACCAAAAAUGUGCAAGAUGUGAACUCUACAUUGAGAGUUGUCAUUUGUGCCUUGGCUCCUGUGGUUAUUGAUUGUGGUGUGUUGGCAUUCUGUCUCGGUAUGGCUUGUUGUGCUGGUCCAAUGUUGGGCUUGUGUUGUAAGAAGACUGGUGCAGUUCUUGCUGGGUUUGCUCACGGUGUUGCCGUUGUGAUCCACUUGGUCUUCUUCAUUGUCAUGUGGGUAUUGGAAGGAUUCUCUUUUGCCAAGAUGUUGUUAGGUCUCUGUACCAUGAUCUACAUCCAAAGAUGUUUGUUCAAGUUCUUGACAUUGGUGUGUUUGACCAGAGAAUUCAAGAAUGACAAAUCCAACACUGCUUUCUGGACCGGUAAAUGGUAUAACACCGGUAUGGGAUGGAUGGCCUUUACCCAACCUUCAAGAGAAUUCUGUGCUAAGGUGAUUGAAUUGUCUGAAUUUGCUGGUGACUUUGUAUUGGCUCAUAUCAUUUUGUUCUUCCAGUUCCCAAUCUUGUUAAUCCCAAUGAUUGACAGAUGGCAUUCUACUAUGUUGUUCUGGUUAAAGCCUUCUAGAUUAAUCAGACCUCCAAUCUACUCAUUGAAGCAGGCCAAGUUGAGAAAGAGAAUGGUGAGAAAGUACUGUACUUUAUACUUUGGUAUCUUGAUCUUGUUCAUUGUGUUAAUUGCAGCUCCAGCUAUUGCAUCUCGUUUCGUACCUGAUGACCUUGGAAAGCAAUUAAACACCGAAGGGCUGAUUGCCAACGGUUUGUUCCAACCAAGAAAGACUGACAACAAUGAUACCAAGAAACCAUCCAAGGCUUAUGCUUCUUCUUGGUCGUUUGCCAGUUACACUCCAUCCAAGACGACGUCUUACACCACCAAGGCUUAG